CUCACAAAGAGAGAAAAAAGAAAACAGGGAGAAAAAAAACAUCUCCGACGGUCAGGGUGAAGCUGAGCCCCUGUCGGACGCACCAUUUCUCCUCUGCCACCUCCCUUCUCUCCGGACCUUGAGCGGGAUCUGCUGCUCCCAUCCCCGCAGUGCCGGCUCUGGCAGGAGACCUCAUCCCGCUGUGAUGCCAAUCCCUGCACAGGAGGGCUCCAGCAUCUAUAAAAACCCGUCUGUCCGUGCGCCCCGGCUGCUCUGCGGGCUGGCGAGCGAUGGCACUGCGGUUUGAAGCCCUGCACCCAGAGGGAAUCUGUCCUGGAUGGAGCAUCGUGGUCAAGGGUGAGACCAGCUCCAGUUCAAGCAUGUUUGAAAUUAAUAUGCUCUGUGACCCCGGAGACCAAAUCGCUCUCCACUUCAACCCUCGCUUCUCCAGCUCCAGAAUCGUCUGCAACUCCUUCCUCAACAGCCACUGGGGGCAGGAAGAGGUGAACAGCACCUUCCCCUUCAAAGCAAAGGAGCCCUUCCAGGUGGAAAUCUACUCUGACCAGGACUAUUUCCAUGUUUUCAUCAAUGAAAACAAAGUCCUGCAGUACAAGCAUCGGCAGAAGAAUCUUUCAUCCAUCACCAAGCUGCAGAUUCUCGAUGAUAUAGACAUUUCUUCAGUGGAAAUCACCAAACGAGGUCUGUACUAGAGACCAGACCGUUCCCCCUCAAGCUUCUGAUUCAGCCAAGGAUCAUUUCCUCCCCAUUUCCACCACCAACCAGGGAGAUAGCCAUGAAUCCUCAUAGUAGGAGGGAUGGUCAUUCCCAUCACAAGCCACUAAGACAUCACCCAGCCACACUGCUGACCAUAGCCCAGCCCAUCAAAAACCUCCUGCCCCUGCACCUUAGGGGGCACAACAAGCUCUGUAGGUCUGAUCAUUUUUGCUGAACAUCAAAAUCUUUCUUGAGUAGCCUGGACACCUGAAUGUUACCUUAGAAAUUGUGUUUGCCCAAGAGUAGGAUGUGAAUGAGCACCAGUCCUCAGCUGGGCACACAGGAAAUGUGGGUGUUAGGGGUGGAAAGGGAUGUUUCUUUCCAGGAGCUGGGUAAGAAUGAUACCAGAUUUGCCAAUAAAAUUAACCAAGGAAAUCCCUGCUGAGACAUCCCUCACUGGGCAGCUCAAUCUCAUCAUCCAUUCCCUGCCAAUCCAGGCACCUGGCAAGGGCUGGUGACCAGGCAGAGGGACACUGUUGAGUGUGUGUGAUUUUGGCACUGGGAAAAGACUGCAUUUUUGUUUUGAGGGCUAAUGCAAGGUGAGGGUCCCUGGUAUGCAGAACAGUGUGAGAAGAUUCAGCUUGCCAGGUGUUGCCAGGAAUUCCUUUCACCAGCUGAGAGAUGUUUGCUCAGCCCUACUCCUGCCAACUCCAGGCUUCUCAGGCAGACCCCCAGGGUGAUGUAGUGUGUCAGAGAAGGGGAAGAGCUCGAGGAGACACAUAAAAGCACAUGGUUACUUCACCAUGCACCAGAAAUGCAGCUGGACUCCAAACAAAAGGAACUGAGUAAACCAGGGUCUAGAAAUUUUGAUAAGCUUGGAAUGAACAGAGUGCCUGGGGAUAUGCAUGGAUAGCCUCUGGCUUUUCUCUGCUUUAUUGUUUUAUUUUCUCCCCCUUUUUAGUUGUCUUUCAAAACAAUCCACUUAUCCCUUGCACCCUCUUCCCUUUUCCAAUCUCUUCCUUGGAGAACAACAUAUCUCAGAUUCCUUGACCAGGCCAGAGCAGAGUAAAAGAUGUUAUUUUUACUUUAAUUACACGCAUCAUAAACAGCAUAAUGUCACGGUAUUAAAUCUGAACAGGAACUUAUUCCAAAAAUGCAAUUAUAGCUGCCCCCUAAUCACUCCUUUGUUCCUCAGAUAUAAGACAGAACACAUUCCUGAUGGAAAAGGCAAAGAUGAUCCUGCCUUGCCAGUCCUUUUCACUGAGGAGAAAUCACUUAACCAGAAGUCAGUCCUGACCCAUCCUUUCUUUUGGAUGAGAUCUCUGAAGGUUGCAGCUUUGCUCCAGCCUUUUCUCAGUGCUCAAACUGGCCAUUCCCAACGCUUCCUUCUAUUUACAGCUUCAAGGACUUGUGAGGCAGAGGUGGGUGUAGAAAACCACAACACAUGAUGCCAUAAGCCUGACAUUCAUGAGUCUAUUAAGAAGUUUGCAGUGUUUUUUCAGACUGCCAAGAACAUUAAUGGGAAACCAUCUUGUUCUGGUAGCAAAGGGUUCACUGGGGACACAAAACAGUGCCAAGGGUACCUUUUCCCUCCAAAAAGAACAGAAAACAUGUUUUGGAAAUGGCAAUGGUCUUGAUGGCAAGUCAGGAAAGCUGGAGAUGGUGAGACUUUCUCUGAUCUGGAAUAAAUCCAUCCCCACUGGGACAAGAGAGUCAACUCAAAUUCUGGUUUUCAUGAUAUAACCCAAGUCUUCAACAAACUGCUCUCAUGACCAUGCCUUCAGCAAAACAGGCACAAACCCAGACAAAGCAGGCCUGCUGGGACCUCUGUGUCAUCCAUCUGAUAAUGCUGAGCAGCAUUUGAAAGAAAUUGUCCUUUCUAUUUCUGCUUUUUUGGAGGGCUGAUAAAGACAGAUCAUUUUUCAUGGAGGAAAAGUGACUAAAUGAUUUAUAAGGGUAAUACUUUGUACUUAUAUGGCCACCAGCUGCAUCCAUAGACAGAGCUGCAGAAACACCCCACAAUUUCACUGUUCCCCAGAAAUGAGCACAAAGGACCACAGACAAAGAGGGCAAAAACAUUUCAAGUACAAAUAAAUAAAGAGAUGCCACAAAAAUCAGGCAGAGACAGAUUAUGCCCUGACUCCUGGACACAUCCCCCCAGCUCCUGCCAGCAGCUGAUCUCACUCCAUUGCCAUCUGCACCAAGAGAGCCCAAUCUUUCCUGACACAUCCUCAGCUCUGCUGCUGCCUUCAGGGUUUUAUCUUCUGCCUCCUCCAGCCAUAACACAGCCAAGGGUGAAGGGGGCAGAAGAGCAAGAGAGGUCUGGGAAUCUACAGAACACUGCUGGAAGCAAAACUUCAGGGCUGGCUGUUUAUUGCUGUUUUGCACAGUUUUAUGGGGAAUGAGAUGCCCUC